AUGGAGAAAACAACGCAAAAUUUCCCGGAAAAUUCACCUUCUCCGGGCAAAAUUAGCAACCAAAAUAACGAGGAAAACAAAGUGCACCCAACAACCAAACCGGAAACAGUUGAAUCCUGGUUUUCUUGGAAUGAAACAAUGGGGGAGCGGGAACGGUGUUUGGUGGGAAGGAAAAAAAAUACAAACUUCGGAUUUCCAUAA